CCUGUAGUACCGCAGCCCGUCAUCAUCACCACCAUCAUCAUCAUCAUCAUCAUCAUCAUCAUCAUCAUCGUCAUCAUCAGGAAUCGCAAAGAGAGACACGGAGGAGCUUUACUCUUUUGGGUUGCCCAGCUUGAAGAGGACCUUUUGGAGUCUGCCAGUCCGCCCCCCCACGCCCCCCCUUUUCUAGAGUAGCACUGAGGCCAUGAGGCCCAAGACGUUCCCGGCGGCCCCGUACGUGGGCAACACGCGCCAGAGGCUCCAGGAGAUCAAGGAGGGUCUGAAGCAGCCGGCCAAGCUGGUGAGCCAGGCCCUGCACGGGGUCGGCUCCCGGGGCGACCGGGGCGCCGACUGCAAGAGCAACGGGAAGGACGCCGCCAGCCGGCAGCAGCAGCAGCUCCGCCCCCCGCAGAAGUUCAACAACUACCAGAAUGCACUGCGGGAAAUACGCAAGUCGCUCAUGCCCUUCGCCAACGAGUCGGGCCCGGCGGCCGGGUCGGGGCACCCCGCGGGGGUCGGGGAGGUCAACCGGCAGAUGCUGCAGGAGCUGGUCAACGCCGGCUGUGACCAGGAGAUGGCGGUGCGGGCGCUGAAGCAGACGGGAAGCAGGAACAUCGAAGCGGCCUUGGAGUACAUCAGUAAAAUGGGGUACCUCGACCCGCGCAACGAGCUCAUCGUGCGCGUCAUCAAGCAGACGUCUCCAGGGAAAGCUGUCAUGCCAAACCCGAUGGACCACCGACCCGCGUUGGAGGCUCCAGGUGAGGCCGGUGUAAUGCCUCAGUACCACCAGAUGGGGGCUCCCAUGUACGAGGGGCCAGGUGGAUACGGCCCCGAGGGGGAGAUGCCCAGACCUUACAUGAGCGCUCCCCCCGUGAUGAACUACAUGAUGCCCCCGUCUGGUGCGGCGCAGGGCCCCCCCAUGGGCCGACCCCCCAGUAUGGGCACCUAUCCGCCGGUGAUGGCGGCCCAGAGCAACUCGGCCAGCACCAUGUACCCGCCGGGGGCCCAGCAGAAGGGCUACCCCGGCGGUAUGGAGCAGCACGGACCCAUGAUGAGCUACACCGUCCCCGGCCAGCCGCUGCAGCUCCAGCCUCAGCCACCGGGGGGCCCAGUCCCAGGCCCCCACUACGGCCACGCCAGGCCGCACAUGAUGGAGCCCGCUGGCUACGGAGUGAAGAGGACCGCCUCCUUCCAGAACAAGAUGGCGCCGCCGCCCAUGGCGGCCCCAGACAACUACAUGCAAGGGAAAGGGCCCAUGGGCCAGAGCGUUCCUGGGGGAGGAGGCUACCCGGCUAACCUGUACCUUCCCCCUCAUUCCCACCCGCGCCAGGCCAGCCCCACCUCCCACCAGGUCCACAUGAUGUCCCGCUCGCCAGGCGGGGUGGCGGCCAUGGGCCCCGACUUCUCUGACAUGCCGCAGGGCUUGAUGACGCCCUCCAGGGCCAGCCUCAACCUGGACCUGUAUGAGCACCACUGGGCGGGGCCUCCGGGGGCUGAAGGCGCGCCUCAGGCCAGGCAGCCCCAGCCCCAGGGCCCCUUCAGGGGGGAGGUGCGUGCACCCAGCAGGACCAACUCCUUCAACAGUCGCUCCGCGGGGCCCAAUGGCGUCCGGCCCGCGAUGGCCGCGCCGCCCACAGCUGGCAAACAGGACCCCUCCUUGGGCCCUCCGAACACCAUCACGGCUGUGACGUCCCCCCCCAUCCAACAGCCGGUCAAGAGCAUCCGCGUGAUGAGGCCGGAGCCCAAGACGGCCGUGGGGCCGUGUCACCCCAGCUGGAUGACGGCCCAGGAAGCCGCGGAGCCUCUGGCUUACAUGCCGGAGGAGACCUACCCCCUGGAGCCCGCUCCGGAGCCACGCUGCCCCCCGCCCCCUUAUCCCAAGAGCCUGCUCCUGGAGGACGGAGCCGGGGUCAUGUGUGGAGCCCAGGACGCCGCCGCCGCCGUCACCGUCACCGCCAGGAGCACGCGCGGCGGCAGCGGAGGGAGCGCGAAGGCCGAGGAGAGCCAGCAGGUGAAGGAGAAGAACAAGACGGGCAAGGGAGAGAAGGCGGUGAAGGACAAGAAGCAGAUCCAGACGUCGCCCGUUCCGGUGAGGAAGAACGGGCGUGACGAGGAGAAGAGGGAGUCGCGCAUCAAGACCUACUCGCCCUUCGCCUUCAAGUUCUACAUGGAGCAGCACAUAGAGAACGUGAUGAAGACCCACCAGCAGAAACUGAACCGCAGGCUUCAGCUGGAGCAAGAGAUGUCAAAGGCCGGCCUGUCGGAGGCGGAGCAGGAGCAGAUGAGGAAGAUGCUGAACCAGAAGGAGUCCAACUACAACCGGCUCCGCCGAGCCAAAAUGGACAAGUCCAUGUUCGUCAAGAUCAAGACGCUGGGCAUCGGCGCCUUCGGCGAAGUGUGCCUCACGCGCAAAGUGGACACGGGCGCGCUGUACGCCAUGAAAACACUGCGCAAGAAAGACGUCCUCAACCGCAACCAGGUGGCCCACGUGAAAGCGGAGCGCGACAUCCUGGCGGAGGCCGACAACGAGUGGGUGGUGCGCCUCUACUACUCCUUCCAGGACCGCAACAGCCUCUACUUCGUCAUGGACUACAUCCCGGGUGGGGACAUGAUGAGCCUGCUCAUCCGGAUGGGCGUCUUCCCCGAGCCUCUGGCGCGCUUCUACGUGGCGGAGCUGACGCUGGCCAUCGAGAGCGUCCACAAGAUGGGCUUCAUCCACCGCGACAUCAAGCCCGACAACAUCCUCAUCGACCUGGACGGACACAUCAAGCUGACGGACUUCGGCCUGUGCACGGGCUUCCGCUGGACGCACAACUCCAAGUACUACCAGAAAGGGAGCCACGUCCGCCAGGACAGCAUGGAGCCCAGCGACUUCUGGGACGACGUGUCCAACUGCCGCUGCGGCGACCGGCUGAUGUCGCUGGAGCAGAGCGCCAACCGGCAGCACCAGCGCUGCCUGGCUCACUCGCUGGUGGGGACGCCCAACUACAUCGCGCCGGAGGUGCUGCUGCGCAAAGGUUACACCCAGCUGUGUGACUGGUGGAGUGUGGGAGUGAUCCUGUUUGAGAUGCUGGUGGGACAGCCGCCCUUCCUGGCCUCCACGCCCACCGAGACUCAGAUCAAGGUCAUCAACUGGGAGAGCACGCUGCAGGUGCCCGCGCAGGUCAAACUGAGCCCCGAGGCCGUCGACAUCAUCGGCCGCCUCUGCUGCUCCGCGGAGGAUCGCCUGGGCGCCAACGGCGCCGGCGAGAUCAAGGCCCACCCCUUCUUCACCCAGAUGGACUUCUCCAGCAACCUGCGGCAGCAGCCGGCGCCCUACCGGCCCAAGAUCGCCCACCCGAUGGACACGUCCAACUUCGACCCCGUGGAGGAGGAGGGCGGCCCCGGGGCGUGGAGCGACAGCGGCGACAGCACCCGGGCCCUGGACACGCUGUGCUCGCCGCACGGGAAGCACCCGGAGCACGCCUUCUACGAGUUCACCUUCCGCCGGUUCUUCGACGACAACGGCUGCCCCUUCCGCUACCCGAAGCCGCUCGAGGCCAGCGGGGCGGCGCCGAGCGCCGGUCGGGACGACGAGGAGGAGAACGAGGAAGACGAGGAGGAAGAAGAGGACGACGAGGAGGAGGACGAGGAGGGAGAGCAGGGGGAGGGGUGCGAGCCGGUGUACGUGUAGAGACUGAGCGUCUGUCAAACCAACACAAACCUCCCCGAUCCGGGACCAAGAGACGACCUCCUGAGAGCGAGAGCCAAGCGGUGGACGUAAAGCCGUCCGGAUCGCGGACGAGGUCUUCAGAUUUAUUUUCUCGUUUCAUUCCUUCCGAACGCCCUCGUGUCUUAAAGCGGGACGACUGAAGCGGGAGCGGAAAACCGAUUUCAAUCGCGGAUUCGCAGGAAGAGGAGGGGCCCGAACGAGUGACACGCCUCUUUUCACAGCUGCUGCAAAAAAUAAGCUACAAAGACACAUUGCAUGCACGUGCACACACACACACACACACACACACACACACACACACACACUCACGUAUUCAGUCAUACAGGGUUGGGGGGUGGGGGGCAACAAAAAACAAGCCGACGUCUCUGCAGGUUAAAUUUCAGCGUCCAUAUUUCAAGAAGUCGGUGGACGGACGGAUUCUUCUUCGUUGGUGUUUCAGGCAGCAGGAAAACCAAAAUGAAUCCUUUCAUCCUCGGCCGCCUCGCUUUGUGCCAGCUGUUGUUCGGUGUGGCGUUUCCAUGGAGUCGACCCGCCGUCUCCUCAGAGGUCGCGCUCCUCAAGUCGAGGUAAAUGGCGCUUAAGACUUAAAGGGCUUUUCCAGAAGCCCCAAUACUGAAAUACAUUAAAAUGUGCAUGAAUGGCAAUAAAACAAUCCAAGAGAAACAGCAGAUUAAAAACCAGAAACCUAUAAUAUAUAAAUGCUUCCAGUUACGGAUCCUUCUUAUUAGAACUGACCAUUUCAAAGCUCCAGAAUCAACCCGACAAACAGGAGGAUGAUUAGAUCGAGGACGCAAGGAAAGAAGGUUCUCGCGUCCUCGUUCUGGUUCUAGUUCUACUUCUCGUUCUGGUUCUAGUUCUACUUCUUAAGGAACGCGUCGUUUCCCCACGUUUUCGUUUUUUAAGGAAGAAAACUGACAAACGGAGUGAAAGCUUAUUAAAUGAAUAAGUCCAAAGAAACCAGGAUGGUGCUGAGCUGGUUUCUGACUGAGAAUCAAAGCUCCAACACACACACGCACACACACACAUACAUACACACACACACACACACACACACACACACACACACAUACACACACACACACACACACACACACACACACACACACACACACACACGUACACACACACACACACACACACACACAUACAUAUAUAUAUCCACCAAGAUGCCCAAUUUUACAGCUACUUUUGCAAAGAUGAGUUGCAGCUGAACCUCUUUAUCUUCAGGAGGCGUCAUGAAAGGUUUCUUGUGACUGUGCAAUACAAAAAAAUACAUUAUAUAUAGUUUUCUAAACACUUAAUAUCCUUUUUUUUACGUUUUUUUUUUGUUUUGUACUGACGUACAAAUAUAUUGGUUUAAAUAUA